AUGAACGCAACCAAUCAACAGAUCAGGAAGAAGUGGAUCGACGAAAGUCAUGACGACACCGAAGCGAUCCGCAAACUGGUGGGAGAGGCGUUGCCCGGCUGCGCUUCCGUGUUGGUUCUGAGAGGAGAUCACCAAACCAUUAGCUUGGACGACCUGCUGGCUCUGGGCCGUUGUGGAGGCAGCUUCCUGGAGCUGUCAAAGCUGCUGGCCACCCUGGAGGAGGUUCCGUUGGGAAUCCUUUUCAGCCCAAACACCGCCACGCUGGCUGCGAUCUUGGCUUUGCCGAACAAACACUUGUCCGGAUUGGCCCAAGAAGUUUUGGAGAAACGCAAGGGCGCGUGGAUUGAUUUCUCGCUAGACGAUUCAGGAGCCCCAAAGAACCCCACCAACUACUCCCUUAACUUUGUUCGCAUACUCAAUUUGAAGCACAGCAAUUAUCUGACGGAAGAGGAAGGGGAGUUUCGCGAUCACUAUCUCCGAAUCGAAAAGGUGCUUCGAAAUCACGACGCCGUGAUUUCAGUUGUGACAGGGACGAUCAUGAAGGAGCCGCGCCUUGACCUAACUUGGAAACGGGUGUGCACGGGCUGCGGGCAUCCCAGGUGCUUCACUAUCUUUCCGGGGACUUCAGAUUUGUGUGGCAUUUUUUUGGCUUUUCACGACCACACAUUGUCCUCCAACGUGCGCGAGAGGGGAAUGAGAACCGAAGAGGUCGUCGAGGUGGCCCCUGACAAGACGCACUGGGCCCAAUGCUCUGCUUGUAAAGCCAACUCCGGCGUCACCAAGAUCGAAGACUUGAACGUUCGUCCCAAAUGUCACUAUUGCAGAUUGCGACUACCUUGCCCAACGGUGGAAUGCCACCUCUGCCGCCACAAGUACGUGAGCCAGGACGGGGCCGCAGAGAAGGCAAUGAAAUCCGCCGUCUGUGCUGCAGACAGCACUACCGCACGGGGCCUGCGACUCCAAAAGGCCGACGGUGGUGGUGCCUUUGUGUGUCCUCGUUGCGUGUGUAAGCCCAAUGACAUGGUCCAAGAAGCCGAGGUAAAGUUAUCAGCUCUGCUGGAAGACAACAGUGUUUUGAGAACGUUGGUGCCUUUCGAAGAGUAUGAUGUCCUGGUUGAUGGAGCGUGA